CAUGCUCCCCCACCGGUCUCCCCGUUAUAUACUCCGAUCCCACCACCCCCUUCCCAGGAGCUCGACAUCGCGACGUCGACGUACGGGCCCUCUCCUUCGUCGUCUCGAUCAGGCCUCUCGUCUCGUCUCAGUGCCCUCAGCCUGCAUGGAUCGGCGGCCGGAGGGCAGCAGGGCGAGGAAGCGCGCGCGGGAGGAGCCGGACCAGGCGGCGGACUUCCCCUUCGACGAGGCGGCGGCCGCGGCCGACGCCGGGGAGGCGUGGCGCAGGCCGCCGGGCGUGUUCCAGUUCCCCUGGCAGAAGUGCCGCGGCGGGCUCGGCGUGGCCGGCGGCGGCGGCUGGGAGCUGCGGGACGUCUUCUUCCACUCCCUCGUCGACGGCGGCGCCGCGGCCAUCGGCGUGCCGGGCGACCGCCUCGUCUCGCCGCCGCCGCCCAGCAAGCAGCGCGCGCUCUUCGACGACGUCGACGCCUGGCUCGCCGCCGCCGCCGACGGCGAGGUCGACCCCGUCUGGCGGUCGGCGAUCAGGGGCGCCGGGCCCUCCGCGUCGGCGGUGUGACGAGAAGAUGCAUGACGUGGGCCGUGGAGGGCCCCCGUCGCCGGUGGCCCCGCGUGGCAUUCAGUGCGCGGCGCCGCCUGGCCCAUCGGCCCCGUGAAGCUGGCCUGGGUUGGCACACGGGCCUGUUGAUGAUCACGAUCAAUUUCCUCCUGUAUAUAUAUGAUGAUUGCUGCCAAUAAUUAUUUACUCUCUCUUCAUUUUUAAGCAUCACUUUAAUAAUCACAAGUCCUGUUUCCAAAUA